AUGGAAAAGCCUAAAAAACCGUACGACAAAGAGAAGACAGUGGGCAUGAACGCUGCAAUAACGGAUAUUUCAAUUUUACACCAGAAGUACCCCAAAGCCACCUACACCGUCGUCUCACAAUCCGGACCCGUUCAUGAACCAAACUUCAUUGCUGAAUGUAGAAUCGAUGAAAAAAACGUUUUCUAUGGUGAGGGUAAGUCAAAACAGAAAGCCAAACAAGAUGCUGCUGCGAAUGCAUUAAAGUUUAUAGUUAGCUCUAAUGCUAAUGGUGAGUCGAAACCAUCUGAAGCAGCAACAAAAAACCCUCCAACUCCAUCCAAAUCUGAACCUCUGACAGAUAAAGUUCAUGUGGGUAUUGUUUUUCAACAUUUACAUCCGGAUUUAAAUUUCAUCUGGUCAAAGGGGAGUGAUUUGAAUAGACAUGUCGGAGAAAUUGUUGUUAAUGGAAAAACUUUCAAGGAUGAAAGUUCCUCUAAAAAAUUAACUAAAGUAAAGUUAACUGUGGCUAUUCUUAAAGAAAUGCAUAACAUUAAUUGCAUUACCAUGUCAGAUAAAAAUGCAUAUGUGGAAAAUAGUGAUUGGAAGAAAAUAAGGGCAAAAAAACACAAGCCCACUCCAAUGAGGCCAGUGAAAAGUGAACAGUUGACAUCAAUUCCACCUGUUUGUGGCCAAAAACAUCCAAUACAAUUUUUAUAUGAGAUUUACACUACCCUCGAUUACAAAGAAAUGAAUAUAUCGGACCCCAGCGGCAUAAAAUAUAGAUGUACUUUGGACCUUGAGAAUGAAACCUUUGUUGGUGAAGCUUUGACAAGAAAAAUUGCCAAAUUAAAUUGUGCUAUAAAUACUAUAAAUGGUCUUCUAGAAAUGGGAAUUUUACAACAGAGGCUAGAAAUCAAAGAAAUGAAUAAAGAUAUGUUGAGGAAGCACAAACUAGCUAAAAAAGAAAAAUAUCUCAUGAAGCAAGAUACUAGGUUAAAAUAUCAAGGUGAUGGCAUGAAGAAGUUCAAAUUUGUUGAUUUCAAGAAAAGUGAAACACUUAUGCCAGGUCGAGGUAUGGUAUCGAACCCAUCCAUAUAUCCGAGUCAUCAUGCUAACAGCUCAGUGGCUGGUGCUGGCAAUAAUUUCUUUGCAGGUCAUGCAAACGAACAAUCUUACAAUCUGAGAAUGCCAUCUUCAUUCCUAUCAAUGGAGAACCAAAACACUAAUGUCUUACAGCAACAGCCAUUUGUCAAAACGGAAUAUAACCAGCAUGGCUACAUAAAAAGUGAGUAUCAUAGCCCCCAGCCAGCUAGCUCGUCUUAUGCUGCUAAUAGCUACAGCAACAACGAAAGGAUAUACCACCACCAUCAUCACCAUCACCAGCCCCAACAACAACAGCAAUAUCAUUUCAAUAACCAACAAGCACAUGAAGCCGUUUAUAACAGUUACUCCAACUACAAUGCUACAGCUGGAUCUGCAGUCUCCAACAGAAUACCAUUCAACUACUGA